AUGGCUAUAGCCGUGAAUGCUCUCCUGGAGGAAGGAAGAUGCAAGGAAACAGUCAAGAAAGGCGAGAUUAGAGGGUCUAAAGAGGCCGGAAAGGCUGCUGGACGGGGUGGUGGAGGGCGCAAAUCUGACCGGAGCGUCAAGAGUUGGACUGACGGUUGCACACGCCGUGGGAGGCUUUCGUCUGUCGUCGUCUUCGUCCUCUUUUGCUGCUCGCCUGCUGCUGCUGCUGCUGCUGCUGCUGCGAUAAUAUCAGCAGCAAAGACAAACGAGAAAGGUGAAACUCGUCGUGUUGAGGUUUUGGUUGUGUUUGUGGGAAGAAAAAAGGACGUCGAGGUUUUUUUUUUUUGCCCUCUCUUUGACCUGGAUUUUUUUUCUUCUUCUUCACCCGCAGGCCAAACGAGUCAUCCUGAGAGACUCUGGUCGACCGUCUGCUUUCUUUUUUCUUCGCCGGUGGAGUCGACGGCUGUUUUCUUUGCUGGAUACAGUCCCGAUUGCACGGCCGGCUUCAUCACUGCCAGUGGUGGUGGGCUUCUAGAGACGACAGACGGCCAUGCCUACGCCAGAGAGAGAGAGAGAGAGAGAGAGACAGCAGAGACAGAGAAGACAGACCGAGAGGGAGUUUUCCUUUCCUCCAGCUACGAUCGAAGGUACGAGAGGCAGAGAAAAAGUUUCUACUUGCAUAUCCGUAUACAUAUGGUACUAAUAUGCUGUGUUCUCGCUGUUACAUCUGACGUUGAGUUGGCUCUUGGAUUGGGAUACAGACUGAGAAUCAGGGAGAGCAGAGACAGAGAGGACAGGAUAGCCACGCAGCAGAAGAGGACUAGUUAA